AUGCUUCUUAACAAUAUUCAGUUUGUCGAAACUCAGGCUCCUGCCUUUGACACAUUAUCCAGAGCUCCCAGCAGCACCUUUGAAAAGGUUGGAAGAUGGAUGUUUAGCGGCGACGAAGUCGACUCCAGUGGACUGCCCGAGGCUGUUUGCUGUCCUUGCGUUGCCUACGGACGUACUCGACUGCGCUUCAAUGAAGCUGUCGACAGAAGCUACGGCAUCUACGAAACUAAGGAGCAACAUCAGCAAUCUCCUAUCUACCCUGUCGUGACAAAAGAUUGCUGCGUAUUUGCUUCUUUGUGUUUGCCUUUGUAUGGUGGCUUCAUCUCUGAUCUACGUGGAGAUGUUCGACGAUUAUACAAUAUCGAAGGCAACGAGCAUCGAGACUGUCUAGCAGGAUGUUGCGAUCCUUGCUAUACUCUUAUUCACGUCGAGAACGAAAUUAUUGGACGAGAGAGAGGUCGAAAGCACAGCGAUGCCAGUGGGUACACUUCUCACCCACCGAUGUGUUCAUCAUCUUCGGGCUCAGUAAGAAUCCCCAGCAAGUCAUCUUCCCCCAGUACAGAACGCGAUGAUUGUCUUCCAUGCAUUCCUGAAGACCACUCUGUGCGAAGUCCCUCGACCCCAAUCAGCCGACGCAGCAGCAAAAAUCGGGAGAGGUCGAUCGCUGUUGACCCAGUUGCACCAACCGAUGCGACACUUGUUCACAAUCAUGACAUUAGCAAUGACCCAAAGGGGCCAACCUCUCAUCUCCACGGAAAUCACAGUUUGAGCAAAGAUGCUGCACCAACCUAUGCGACACAUGACCAUGAUCACGACAUUGGUCAAGACCCAAAGGGACCAGCCUUCCAUAUUCAUGGAAGUCACAGACUCAGCAAAGACACGACUACUCCUAGUUACCCACCCUCGAUUCAUCAACUUCGAACCGAUACAAAGGCCCCGGCCAGUCCACCUGCAGUUCAUCGACACGAUCUUUUCCACGACGCCGCUGAGACAGCUCCUCCUCAACGAAGCAACCAUGACAUUGGUUCCGAUCCGGUCGAUACUUACCGAGCCAGUCCUGAACAUACAAUCCAUCAAGAUGAGACAGCACCAAGAAACCAUCCUGCGUCUUCUCAUGCCUUGGGCCAUGACCUAGUGAGCAACCAGGCCGGGACAUAUCAACCACAUACGCUUGGAGCGGAUGAUGAAGUUACAAGCAAAAUUGAGAGUCUUGGAGCACACCAUCUUUACGAAGACAAGUGA